ACAGACUCCGUCCAGUUCCCGGUGGCGGAGCAAAUGCAGUUAACGUUAACGUUACUAGUCGGUACUAGCGACGUCUCUGGAGCCAAUACAAAGCGUGGGAGCCACUGAGCUGGAAAUGCGGAUGUAGCUUGCUGCUCUUAUGGGGUUUGCACAUGAGUGCUCUGAGAUAGAGUCGGCAUGUUUUCAGCCAACAUGGAAACAAAAAGAGUGGAGAUCCCCUCCGGCGUACUGGACGACCUCUGCAGCCGGUUCAUCCUGCACAUCCCCAGUGAGGAGAGGGACAACGCUAUCCGGGUGUGCUUCCAGAUCGAGCUGGCCCACUGGUUCUACCUGGACUUCUGCAUGCAGAACACUCCAGGAGCUCCUCACUGUGGGAUAAGAGAUUUUGCUAAAGCAGUCUUCCAUCACUGUCCGUUCCUGUUGCCUCAUGGAGAGGAUGUGCAGAAAGUCCUCGAACAGUGGAAGGAGUACAAGAUGGGUGUACCUACUUAUGGAGCAAUCAUUCUAGAUGAAUCACUAGAAAACGUACUGCUUGUUCAGGGCUACCUUGCGAAGUCAGGCUGGGGCUUUCCAAAGGGGAAAGUUAAUGAAGAUGAAGCUCCUCAUGACUGUGCAGUUCGUGAAGUGUUGGAGGAGACGGGCUUUGACAUCAAGAAUCGCAUCUGCAAGGACAUGUACAUAGAGCAGAAAAUCACUGACCAGCUGGUGCGGCUCUACAUCAUACCAGGGGUGUCAAAGGAUACCAAGUUCAACCCCAAAACAAGGAAAGAGAUCAGGAACAUUGAAUGGUUUCCUAUUGAGAAGCUUCCAUGUCACAGAAAUGAUAUGACCCCAAAGUCUAAACUUGGACUUGCCCCCAACAGGUUUUUCAUGGCCAUCCCAUUCAUAAGACCGCUGCGAGAAUGGAUCAACAAGCUGAAAGGCGAGUCAACAGACAGCGAUGAGGACUUCGCAAACAACGGCAACACUCCAUGCAAGCCUUCAGACAGUGCUCGGUCAAAAUCCCGCCGCCAGACAGGUACUGAUGCAUUUCCAGGAGACAGCUGGACAAAACACAAGCAGCAGAAGGCUCUGGGCCAGCUGAGCCAGUAUGAGCUGAACCAGAAUCUAAAUUUGAAAAGCAAUGGGAAGAAAUGUCAGGACUCGCCUUUUGUGAAGAAAGGAGCCAAUGACAAUGGAGCCAGCCACCAGCAAGUGAAAAACAUAUUAAAAGAAGAUAAAAGACUUCAACCCAGAAGACUGCAAGACAGUUUUGAGAGAGAUGUGGCUCCAUGCAGCUCCAAUGGUCACCAGACAGUCCACAGCAGAGUCUGUGAGCACCUGCUGUCCUCCAAGGCUUUCCUUAAUUUCAAAUUUGACAGAGACGCCAUAAUGAAAUGUUUUGACUACUGACAUGGCUGAUUAAGUGCUGUGCCUCUCCUGUAACAUCGUCAUCAACUAUGGCCUCAGAGACUUUUUACCUUUAUAGUCCAGGCAAGGAUGUUACUGAACAUGCCCUUUUCCUUCUUGACUUGCCUGUCAUGAACACACAUUUACAGUGGGAAGUUGCCCAUUUCUCAUUGAACACAUCAAGUAAGCUUCACUGGAGUUGUUUGCCUCUGUUGCCCAACUUUUCAGACCUGAUAAAACGGGUGGUAACUGUCUUCAAUCUGUCCAUGGCUGAAUCCUAACUUUAGUUUUUAGUUCUUCAUCUUUUGAAUACCUAAAUUCAUAAUUUAAUCUGCAGGAGACAGCACAUAGACCAUAAGAGGAGGAGUGCUCACGUUAACCAUUAGUCUUUUAAAGGCAAAAGAUGAGAGGAGUAUAAUGGAUUUUAAGCACAUGUGAGGUGACAGUGAAAAGUUAUAAAUUCAGCUGUGAUAUCUUAGUGAAUUUGGCCAGUUAAUCAAUGUUAAAUUUAUCAUGUUAUAUGUUGAUUUUAAGACGUAAUAAUUUAGACGUUAAUCAUUUCCUCCAUUCUUUCUUCCAACUGAGUACCAAAAAUGUUUUGGAUGCUGAAGAAAGGUGGUUAUUAACAGUGUUAUUGACUUUAUUACCAAAAUGACUUAAGAUUUUAUCCAGGAAUGUAGAAUGUAAUGGAAUAUUGACUUGGGAAAGGAAGAACAAGUGGUCUUCGCAAGUUGAAUGUUGUUAAAUUCACGUUACUCUGUUGUGUGGAAGUCUGUGGCUGCCAAUGUUAAAAUGAAAUCAUUACAUCAAAUUGAUGUUUGAAAAUCCAUAAUUAAGGCCAGAAAAAUUACAAAUUAAAAUACAGAUGCCACUGACAGAUCAUUUUCAGUGUACUCCACAGCAUAUCACUGUAUAAUGAUGAUAAUAAUAAUAAUUGAAUGAAUCAAAGUGGUUGACAGUGUGCAUCCUAAAUGAAAUUGCAAACUGGACUUGUUUGAAUUGAAAUUAUGUCCUGUUGUUAGCUUGUGUCUAAUGAAAAUGAACAUUUCCAUAAUGGCACGGUUCUUGCAUGCCUCUUUUGUGAAAACUGUCUGAGUCAACAAUUAUGAGAUUGACCACUAUUAAAAUGGCCAUGAAAAAGGCCACAAAUUUAAUUCUAAUGCAAAUAGAAGAGUCUGGUUUGCAGUUGUAUUCAAUAUGUAAGUUCAGGUUGUAUAAUGUCUACCAAAUUGAAAAUGAAAAUACAAAGUCAAUUUCACAUUCAGUAUAAUUAUCAUUGUGGUCAGUGGAGUUUUCAUUAAAAGUUUCGUUUUGACAGUAAUUGUGUAUUUUCCACUAUAUAUGUGAAAUUUUGAUUUUAACAUUUUAAUUUUGCCAUACACCAUGCACACACUAAAGGAAAAUUACAUUUCUUAAUAUUUUCAGCCACAGACCUCCAUACCUUGCUGUUGUUAUUUGCCUUAAAGUGACCCACAUCCCACUUGUGUUUGUCUAUUUUUCAGUAGUCUUGUAAAUCAAGACUGUUCUGUCCUGCAGAUGGCGGGGUUUACAGGUUUAUAUUCCUGUUGCAGAAGUUCUCAAUCAUAUUCUUCGUGAUCCACGAGUUAGCUGCUAUAGUGUUUGGUUGCCAUGAAAACUUGCAGACUCUUGGGCUAUGAGCCAUGAUGGAGGACCACUGCGUUAGACUACUGUGAACAUAACAAGUUAUUCUCAAAAACAUUACAAAUCACUCUCCCAAAGGGCUAUAUUAAGGGAUUUCAAGCCACUAGAGCUGAAAGCAUAAGAAAAGGCAAUAUUCAUAGGAUCAGUAACUGUUUUAGAAGUCUUUUAGAAGUUCAGCCUGCAUUCUAACAUGUAUAUUUUCCCCAGGUGAAUAUCAUAUACAUUCGUAUGUGAAAUGACUAAAUCUGGAUGUGAGAUCUCUUCUUGUGAUGUUUUUUACCGGGGGUUCUUUGUUAUUGAUUGUACAGAUGGUGAUCUCAAGUUGUCCUUUGGAUUCAAUGGUGUUUUGACUUAAAAUGUGAAUAUUAAUAAAGUCUGUUUUUCACUCUCA